CUCUGCCCCCGGCUCACGUGAUCGUGCCUAGGGAGAGAAAGCUUGACCCGCAUCUCCUGUGCUCACCCGGUGUCUCUGCGCAGCUCUCGGUUUCCCGCGGAGCGUGGCGGCCAUGCGGCUCCCGUCCGCAGCCGGGCCCCGGCCGGGCUGUCCCAGCCGCCUGCCCGCGCUGCUGCUGCUGCCGCUGCUGAGCGGCUGCCUGGGGCUCGUGGGGGCGGCUCGCAGGCCCAACGUGCUGCUCCUGCUCACGGACGACCAGGACGCGGAGCUCGGCGGCAUGACCCCACUAAAGAAAACCAAGGCCCUCAUCGGAGAGAAGGGGAUGACUUUCUCCAGCGCUUAUGUGCCCAGUGCUCUCUGCUGCCCCAGCAGAGCCAGCAUCCUGACUGGGAAGUACCCACACAACCAUCACGUCGUCAACAACACUUUGGAGGGGAACUGCAGUAGCAAGUCCUGGCAGAAGAUCCAGGAGCCAUACACCUUCCCAGCGAUCCUUAAGUUGGUGUGCGGCUAUCAAACCUUUUUUGCUGGGAAGUAUUUAAAUGAGUAUGGAGCCCCGGAUGCGGGUGGACUGGAGCACGUGCCUCUGGGCUGGAGUUACUGGUAUGCCUUGGAAAAGAAUUCUAAAUACUAUAACUACACCCUCUCUAUCAACGGGAAGGCACGCAGACAUGGCGAGAACUAUAGCGUGGACUACCUGACAGACGUUCUGGCCAAUCUCUCCCUGGACUUCCUGGACUACAAGUCCAACUCGGAGCCAUUCUUCAUGAUGAUCUCCACUCCAGCGCCCCACUCACCGUGGACAGCCGCACCCCAGUACCAGAAGGCUUUCCCCAAUGUCAUCGCACCAAGAAACAAGAACUUCAACAUCCAUGGGACGAACAAGCACUGGUUAAUUAGGCAAGCCAAGACUCCCAUGACGAAUUCCUCAAUAAAGUUCUUAGAUGACGCCUUCAGAAGGAGGUGGCAAACUCUGCUCUCAGUUGAUGAUCUUGUGGAGAAACUGGUGAAGAGAUUGGACUCGACUGGCGAGCUGGACAACACGUACAUCUUCUAUACCUCAGACAAUGGCUACCAUACAGGGCAGUUCUCUUUGCCAAUAGACAAACGACAACUCUAUGAGUUUGAUAUCAAAGUUCCACUGUUGGUUCGAGGGCCUGGGAUCAAACCAAACCAGACAAGCAAGAUGCUGGUCUCCAAUAUUGACUUGGGUCCCACCAUCCUGGACCUCGCUGGCUAUGACCUGAACAAGACACAGAUGGACGGGACAUCCCUGCUGCCCAUCCUGAAAGGGGACAGUAACUUAACCUGGAGGUCAGAUGUCCUGGUGGAAUAUCAAGGAGAAGGCCGUAAUGUCACCGACCCGACCUGCCCUUCUUUGAGUCCUGGAGUGUCUCAAUGUUUCCCCGACUGUGUGUGUGAGGACGCGUACAACAAUACAUACGCUUGCGUGAGGACACUGUCAUCCAUGUGGAACCUACAGUACUGUGAGUUCGACGACCAGGAGGUAUUUGUAGAAGUCUAUAACAUAACUGCAGAUCCAGACCAGAUCACCAACAUUGCUAAGAGUAUAGACCCCGAGCUUUUGGGAAAGAUGAACUAUCGGCUGAUGAUGCUCCAGUCCUGUUCCGGGCCAACCUGUCGCACUCCGGGGGUCUUUGACUCUGGAUACAGGUUUGACCUGCGCCUCAUGUUCAGCAAUCAUGGCAGCGUCAGAAUGAGAAGGUUCUCGAAGCAUCCUCUGUAGCAGCCGUGCCUCUGCAGUUGGAUCCUUGCACACCCUUUUCCGAUGAAGUAGUCGGAGUAAGAGCCCAGACCUGGGGGAGCUCUGGCCUUGCUGUUUCAAGUCUUGUUUGAAAAUAACCCAGUCACCUGACUUCCGUACUGUGAAUCUGCCCCCGUCAGAAGUGGCUGACCCUGUCUCUCCUCAAAUGACAACCACCACUCCUGAGGUCUUUGUCCUCUCCUUGUCCCUUCAUCUUGGCUGGGCACAGUAUAUGAGUUCCCACGUGGUCAAGUCUGAAUCUGUAAAACUCUUCUGAUACACGGCAAUACUUUAGGGCAGAGAGAUAAAGCCUUUCGGCAUGUAGCUAGCCCCCAAAUCAAAAGCGCUCUCUAGCAUUUCACACUGAGCUCCUCACCAUCAAACACACAGAGCCCUGAGAAGAGCUGCUGUUCGAGGACAUGUAGAGAAAGUACGGUCACGACAUCCAUUGUGGUGUGGUAAAUGUGCGACUCGGCACCCAAGCUCUGCCCUAAGAUGCCCUCAGCUUUUCAGUGGCUCCAACCACAGGGAGCCCAGAAGCACUAUGGAGAAGGAACCGCCAGGGGGAGAUGAGCUAGCAGAUCGGGCUCUGGAUCAGUGGGCUGAAGGGCUGCACUUAGAAGUGCCUGUCUGGACGGUUCUCGAGUAUCAAGGCCACACACAAGUCAUCCUGCUUGGCUGCAAUUAGCUGACAUUGUCAUUGAAAAUAUUAGUGUUUCCUGGUGGUGGGAAGGACCGGCUGCCUCAUCCCACCUCCCCUGCUCUCACAGACAUUCUAUUCCUUAAAGUCCAGUUCCACAGAGGGCUAAGUGCUGGCAGGACAGCAGAGUGGAGGGCCUGGUUCCAGCCUGUCUAGGCAGUGAGUGAGUUUAGCGCUACACAGCCUCUGCCAGCUUUAACUUUUAAGACAGAGCUAGAAGUCACUUUCAGAAUUCCAGAGGCCAUGUUGGGGUGACAGCCACCGAGUUUAUUCCUUUACCUCAUGUGACCCCAGCAACUUUGGUGAUACAGAGAGGCCAGCAGGCAUGGAAUGGACACCUCUGCUGUGGCUACUUCUAGAGGGAAAAAAUUUUUAAGUUUUAAACCAAAAGUUACAAAAUUGUGGCUAAGUGGCAUUAUUCACUCCACUCGGAUUCUAAACGUCAUCAGUGAAAUAGUGAAGUUGGCCUCAGUUGCUCCCAAGUAACAGUGAGCAGCUCCUGCCAGGCCUCGGACCGU